CAGCUGCUGAAACUGACGCACCAAAAACGGAGAGAAAAUGAAGAAUCUCUUGGAAGUGUAUGAUAAAAAGAACAAAGGAAAGUUGGAUAAGUUACAACUUACAUAGCAAAAAGUUGGCCUUUUGCAAUGAUGAAUGUGGACAAGAGUGUUAUUUGGAGUGUUUGAAGCUUUUUGGAAUCAGAAGGUAGCAAAAUUACAGACUUUAAGCUGCAAUAUAUCAGAAAAAGGAAAUCAUGGGAUGUAUGAACCAGUGCUUCAUCUGUAUCUUUAAGAAGAAGAAAAAAAGCUGCAAUUAAACUAUGCACAUGAUGAAAAGUGAUAUACAAUGCCAACGGUAAAAGUUACUACUGUGUAACCAUGUAUUCAAGCCGCACCGCGAAAACAACCUCUUGCGGAAAUAAAAGGUAAGACUGCGUAGAUAAGACUCAAUGUGGUCCGGCCUUUUUCUGGACCCUGCACGGGAGCUUAGUACAUUGGGGCUGCCCCUCUUUUAGUAAUUUUUGGAAUUUGGAAAUGUAAAUGCCCCUAAAUAGAAAGUCUUGGCUCUGUGAUGAAAAGAGUUUUUCUUUAAAAAUAGGAUGAGGACUACUAGUCUUUCCCUAAUUUUAGCACUUUCUUUUCUUUAAAAAUGAGUUAGCUAGUAAAGUUCACAACUUGACUUACAAUGGCUGCACUCAAUUUCUUCAUAAUCUUCACAUCACUAGUCUUACCAAUUGCAUCUGAGCUUCUGUUGUCAACUUAUGUUGUCCAUGUUGAUACCAAAACCAGGCCAUCUCAUUACUUAACUCAAGAUGAAUGGUAUAAUUCAAUGGUUGAAUCAGUUCUUGAAAACAAAAUGGACUCAGAUUCUACUUCUCCAAGAUUGUUCUACUCAUAUGAUGUAGUGUUACAAGGUUUUGCAGCAAGAUUGACUGAUCAAGAAUCUGAAAAACUAAAUAAAUAUCCAGAAGUCACUCACAUUUUCAAAGAUCAGUUUAGAAUCAAGCUUGACACUACACGUUCGCCGAAUUUUCUUGGCCUAAACACAGGUUAUGGUCUGUGGCCAAAGUCUAACUUUGGAGAUGAUGUUAUAGUUGGCCUUGUUGAUACAGGAAUUUGGCCUGAAAGUGAGAGUUUCAAAGACAAUGGUAUUGGUCCUAUUCCAACAAGGUGGAAAGGCAAAUGUGUUGAUGGAAUCGCGUUCAACGCAACAAGAAACUGUAACAGAAAACUUAUUGGUGCUAGGAAUUUCGUUAAGGGGGUUGAGAAUGACUAUCAUCAUCAAUCGCCACGAGAUCAAAAUGGACAUGGAACACAUACUGCUUCAACUGCAGCAGGUGCAGAGGUAUAUGGUGCCAAUGUAUUUGGUUUUGCUAAAGGGAAAGCACGAGGGAUCGCGAGUAAAGCUAGGAUUGCAAUGUACAAAGCUUGUGGGAGUAGUUCUUGUGCAGAGUCUGAUAUUUUAGCAGCUAUUGAAAGUGCUAUAAAAGAUGGUGUAGAUAUACUUUCCCUCUCCUUAGGAUACGAUGAUGAUCCGUUUUAUGAAAAUCCAGUGGCAAUUGCAACAUUUGCUGCUGUUAAAAGGAACAUAUUUGUUGUCUCCUCAGCUGGAAAUCUUGGACCUUAUCCAUUUUCAGUUCACAAUACAGCACCUUGGGUGACAACAGUUGGAGCUGGAUCACUUGAUCGCGAUUUUCCCAUUGAAAUCAACUUAUCAAAUAACAAGACUUUUGUUGGUUCUUCUCUUUAUCCAGGGAGAAUCAGUGGUAAAAGUUACCCUCUUGUUUAUAUUGAGAAUUGCUCUAGAAUGACAAUCGAUUGUUCUAAAGUUGAACGAAAGAUUGUAGUUUGCAACACCAGUAAAAUCGAAGCUCUAAGAAAUGGGAUUUUAAUUCAGAAAACAGGUGGUGUUGGAUUGAUUCAAUUGAAUCUUGCGACUGAAGGAGAAGGGCUCAGAGCAAUGGCUUACACAUUGUCUUCUGCAACAUUGAGUUAUAAAGAAGGAAUAGAACUUCUUUCUUAUAUCAAAUCGAAUGCUAAUCCAACAGCAAGAUUCGUACGUCGAAAGGGUACAGUAAUUGGGAAAAAAGUUAGAGCUCCAAUUGUUGCUAGCUUUUCUUCAAGAGGGCCUAAUGUUGUUGUUCCUGAAGUCCUCAAACCUGACCUCAUUGCUCCGGGUUUGAACAUUCUUGCAGCAUGGCCAGGUGACAUUUCCCCGACACGUCUCAAGAUGGAUCCAAGGAGAGUAAAGUUCAACAUAAACUCGGGAACAUCAAUGGCGUGCCCUCACGUAGCCGGAGUAGCUGCACUAGUCCGCGCUGUUCAUCCAGAUUGGUCCCCGGCUGCUAUAAAAUCCGCACUGAUGACAACAUCCACAGCAUUCGACAAUGCAAAACUUCCUAUCAUAAAACACGAAGACAUGGAGCUAGCAACCCCGGUCAGCAUUGGUUCCGGUCAUGUUAACCCUGAAUCGGCUAUUGAUCCGGGCCUAAUAUACGACACUGAUACAUCAGACUACAUCAACUUACUAUGCAGCUUGAACUAUACAGAGAAACAAAUGAAACUUUUCACGAACGAGUCAAAUCCUUGCUCGGGUUUCACUGGAUCUCCACUUGAUCUUAACUAUCCAUCACUUUCUGUUAUGUUCAGGCCUGAUUCCUCUGUUCAUUUUGUUAAGAGGACACUAACACAUGUUGCGGUAUCUAAGCCCGAGGUGUACAAAGUAAAGAUAGUGAAUCUAAAUUCAGAAAAGGUGAGUUUAAGUAUAGAGCCAAGGAAGCUGAUGUUCAAUGAAUCUUCAAAGAAACAAAGCUAUAUGGUCAAAUUUGAGAGCCAUUAUGCAUUCAACAGCAGCAGGAAAAUAGUUGAGCAAAUGGCAUUUGGUUCGAUAUCGUGGGAGAGUGAUAAGCACAAUGUUAGGAGCCCCUUUGUUGUUAUGUGGGUUCAGCAAAAUUUCAAUAACAGUAGAUUAUACAAAUAACUUGAUGUGUAUGUACAUUGUUGUAUGUAUUGUAUCAUCGUACCUCUAGCAUCCGAGUAUGUACUAUGUAGAAUCAUUGUACCUCUAGCCUCCGAGUAUGUACUAUGUUGUAUGUGUUGUAUUAUCGUACCUCUAGCCUCUGAGUAUGUACUAUGCUGUAUCAUCGUACCUCUAGCUUCCGAGUAUAUACUAUGUUGUAUUAUGUUA